AUGUCUGGUACUGCUUGUUACAUGAAGUCGAAGCUCAACAAGCCUCUUUCUAACAAGGGUAUCAGAGGUGCACGCAAGAUCAAGGACGCCCCUUCUAGCUCGUCCAGCAGUGCUUCAUCGAGUACUUCGUUCAGCACUUCUUUCAGCACUUCCCACAGUACCUCUCAUAGCACUUCUUACAGUGUGACUGUCGCUCCUACAUAUUCUGAGCCCACUGCCUCCACUGCACCAGUGACUGCUUCUCUUCCCACUGUCGACCAAGGCAAGGAGUACAUCAACUACACCAAUGUUGCCGGCUACUUCCUCCAGGAUCUCGACAGUACCGUCCCUAGCACUUUUGACUACACUGCAACGAACUUCGGUCUCAUCAACCAGACCUACUCUACCGACUCCAGCUCCACCAGCCAAAUGACCCAAUGGCAACGCUUCAACACUCUCUUGAAGCACCUCAACAGCGAUGCCGCCGCCAACACUGCCUACAAACUCCUUUUCAUCGGCCGCCACGGCGAAGGCUACCACAACGCAGCCCAAACAUACUACGGCACACCCGCCUGGAACUGUUACUGGAGCCAGCAAACCGGCAACAGUACCAACAGCUGGCAAGACGCCGAUCUCACCCCUAACGGCGUUGCCCAAGCCCUCAAAGCCAACACUUUCUGGUCCCACGAGAUUUCCGCUCAGAAGAUCCAGACUCCCGAGUCGUUCUACGUAUCUCCCCUGACCCGCUGCUUGAAGACCGCAAACUUGACUUUCAAUGGCUUGGGUUUGGAUAACUUUGUCCCUACGAUCAAGGAGUACAUCAGAGAAGGCAUCAGCACGCAUACCUGCGAUCACCGUGGAAACGCCACAUACAUCAAAUCCCUCUUCCCGUCCUGGCACAUCGAACCCACAUUCUCAGAAACCGACGACCUCUGGAACGGCAUCACUGAAGAAUCCUCCUCGGCCCAAGACUACCGCUCCAAAAUCGCCCUCGAUCAAAUCUUCGCCUCUGACGAUGCACAAGUCAUUUCCAUCACCACUCACUCGGGAGAAACUAGCAGUUUGUUGCGUGUGCUUGGACACAGAAGUUUCAGUCUGGUGACUGGAGCGGUGAUUCCGGUGUUGGUCAGGGCUGAGAGGGUUAAGGUGGCGGAGGGUGCGACGACCACGACUGUGCCUUGGGAUGCGGGUGCUUGGUGUACUAAUGGGCCUCCGUUGGCUAGUAGUACUGCUUGUGUGUGCAGCGAUGGUGUUGCGCCUGUUGCUACCACCGCUUCUGCUCGCUAA